AGUAACUGCCUGGCUCCUCCCUCUGGUGUUGCGGGGAAAGCGCUCCGUCUGGUCCGUGCGCUAUCACGGCCCGGUGCGUGGCUCGGGCACGGGGGGAGCUGGAGACGCGUGGAGCCGUUCGAGGACUCGCGGGUGUGCAGUGCACCUAUGAUAUGUGUUUUAGAAAUAGCUGUUAAACUUUGGUUUGAAUGAAGAAUGUCUCUCAAUUCACCUAUAUUUCUCAAACGAAGUGAAGAAAAUAAUUCAAAAUUUGUGGAAACAAAACAGUCACAAACUACUUCCAUAGCUUCAGAAGAUCCCCUUCAAAACUUAUGUUUAGCAUCUCAAGAAGUUCUUCAAAAAGCUCAGCAAAGUGGGAGAUCAAAAUGUCUCAAAUGUGGUGGUUCCAGAAUGUUCUACUGCUAUACAUGUUAUGUUCCAGUUGAAAAUGUACCUGUUGAACAGAUUCCACUUGUGAAGCUUCCAUUGAAGAUUGACAUCAUUAAACAUCCAAACGAAACAGAUGGCAAAAGUACUGCUAUACAUGCAAAACUCUUAGCACCUGAAUUUGUAAACAUUUACACGUAUCCUUGUAUUCCAGAAUAUGAAGAAAAGGACCAUGAAGUUGCACUCGUUUUUCCUGGACCUCAGUCUAUCUCAAUAAAAGAUAUUUCUUUUCAUUUGCAAAAAAGGAUUCAAAAUAAUGUUAGAGGCAAAAAUGAUGACCCUGACAAGCCAUCUUUUAAACGCAAAAGAACUGAAGAACAACAGUUCUGUGAUUUGAAUGACGGCAAGUGCAAAGGCACACCACUGAAAAAAAUUAUAUUUAUAGAUAGUACCUGGAACCAAACAAACAAAAUAUUCACUGAUGAGCGACUUCAAGGUAAAAAAAAAAAAUGUUUUUUUGGACUGUUCCUCCCUCAGACUUGUUUUGAAAAAGCUUCAAACUUAUAGAUAAUUUGAAAGAAGAGUUGCAUUGAAUACCUAUACAUUUUGCCACGUUGACUUUAUUUCUCUAUUUCUCUUUAUUAUAUAUGUGAGUGUGUAUUUAUAUAUUAUAUAUAUUUUUGAUUGAUCAGUUAAGUUUCGGGCUUUGUAACACUUUACCCUUAAAUAUUAAGUAUACAUUUUCCUUUUUUUGUUUGAGACAGUCCCAGUCUGUUGCCCAGGCUGGAGUGCAAUGGUGCAACCUUGGCUCACUGCAACCCUCCUCCUCCUGGGUUCAAGUGAUCCUCCCACCUCAGCCUUCCAAGUAGCUGGGAUUACAGGUGCCCACCACCACACCUGCCUAAAUUUUGUGUUUUUAGUAGAGACAGGGA